CUCGGCUCUACUAUGCCAGUCCCUGGCGCCGGCGGGCGGGGAGGAGACGGCUCCUCCCCGGGGGUGUUCCCGGCACUAGGAGGCCGCGCCGCGCAGGCUCCAUAAUUGGAGCAACCGCUUGCCCCGAGCCCUGAUCUGGGCGCAGGGAGAGGGAUGGCUGGGGCCGCGAGUAGCACUUUUUUACUCCUGCUCUUCGGGGCGCUGAGCCUGCAGGCCGAUCGGCCAGGUUUUCAGCAGCUAUCGCAUUUAUCUUCCUAUGACAUUAUUAUCCCUGAGAGAUUUACUAGAGAACGGCGAGAAGUAUCUGGUUCUUCUUCGGCACAGGACAAGUUAUCAUACUUGGUUGAAGUUGAAGGAAGGAAACAUAUUAUUCACCUAGAAAGAAAUAAAGGGCUUUUGCCUAAAGACUUCACAGUUUAUACAUACAAUGAGGAUGGAACACUGCAUUCUGAAAUUCCAGAUGUUCAGGGCCACUGCCACUAUCAGGGAUAUGUUGAAGGAAUAUCAGAUUCGUUUGUUGCUGUCAGCACUUGCUCUGGACUCAGGGGAUUGCUGCAAGUCGAGAACAUUACCUACGGCAUUGAACCUAUGGAGUCGCCUUCUGGUGUUCAACAUAUUAUCUACCGAAUGGAGAACGUGAAGAAAGAGCCCAUGGCCUGUGGGGUUGCUGACCCAGGUCAGAAAUGGGAAACAACAGAGCAUCUAUACCCCCACAGUGGGACUCAGCUGCUGAGAAAAAAAAGAGGUGUCCUUCUACAGACAAGAUAUGUGGAGCUCUUUAUAGUUGUGGACAAUGAAAGGUAUGUGCUGCUAGGCAAGAAUGAAAGUGCUGUGAGAGAAGAGAUGGUGCAGUUGGCCAACUACUUGGACAGUAUGUAUAGUAUGCUGAAUAUCCGUGUCGUCUUGGUGGGCUUGGAGAUCUGGACAAAAGUGAAUAAGAUCAUCAUUGAAGGAGGUGCAGGGGAUGUUCUUUCUAACUUUGUCCAGUGGCGAGAACAGAACCUUGUCUUGCGCCGAAGACAUGACAGCGCACAGCUUGUUCUGAAAAGACCAUUUGGUGGAACAGCAGGAAUGGCCUAUGUGGGAACUGUGUGUUCCAAGAGUCACGCUGGAGGGAUUAAUGUGUUUGGACAGAUGAGCGUGCAGAUGUUCGCUUCCAUUGUUGCUCAUGAACUUGGCCAUAACCUGGGAAUGAACCACGAUGAUGAGAGAACCUGUACCUGUGAAGUCAAGAACUGCAUUAUGAGCUCUGGAGCAUCAGGUGCCCUGAACUUCAGCAGCUGCAGUGCAGAUGACUUUGAAAAGCUAACUCUGAACAAAGGCGGAAGUUGCCUUCUUAAUAUUCCUAGGCCAGAAGAAACCUAUAGUCCCCCAUACUGUGGCAACAAGUUAGUGGAUGCUGGAGAGGACUGCGAUUGUGGAUCACAAGAGGAGUGUAAAUCUGAUCCUUGCUGUGAAGCAGGAACUUGCAAACUGCGCUCAGGAGCUGAUUGUGCUUAUGGAGACUGCUGUCUGAACUGUCAUUACCUUUCCCAAGGCACUGAGUGCCGAGAGAGUGCCAAUGAGUGUGACCUUCCUGAGUACUGCAAUGGGACAUCACCGUUCUGUCCACAAGAUGUCACUGUUCAGAAUGGGCACUCAUGCCAGAACGAUGGAGCUUAUUGCUACAAUGGGAUGUGCCAGUAUUAUGAUGCACAAUGCAAGGCCAUCUUUGGCGCAAAGGCAAAGGCCGCUCCUGAGGUUUGCUUUUCUGAAGUGAACUCCAAAGGUGACAGGUUUGGAAACUGUGGUUAUCAUGGCCAUGACUACAAAAAGUGCUCAAGCUGGAACGCCAUGUGUGGGAAGCUGCAGUGUGAGAAUGUGGAAACUCUCCCAGUCUUUGGGAUUGAGCCUGCUAUUAUUCAGUCUCGCAUCAAAGGCAGCACCUGCUGGGGAGUGGACUUCCAGCUGGGGUCAGAUGUACCAGAUCCAGGGAUGGUGAAUGAAGGCACAAAAUGUGCCCCUGGAAAGAUCUGUAAGCACUACCAGUGCGUAGAUGUAGCUGUUCUGAAUUAUGACUGUGACAUAGAUAAUAAAUGCAAUGGACAUGGGGUGUGCAACAGCAAUAAGAAUUGUCACUGUCAUCCAGGAUGGGCGCCCCCCUACUGUGAUUCCAAAGGCUAUGGGGGCAGUCUGGAUAGUGGACCGACAUAUAAUGACACUGCACUGCAUGUUGCACUAAAUGCAGACAUUAAGGCAACCCCUGUCCCAAAGGCUGUACGUUAUCGAAGAUGGUACCUGAAUCAACAGCAGACAGAUAAUACCUACCCGAAUCAACAGCAGACAGAUAAUACCUACCCGAAUCAACAGCAGUCAGAUAACAUGUACCCGAAACAACAGCAGUCAGAUAAUAUGUACCCGCCUUAUAAACAAGGAAUGGACCCCAUAACUAAAAAGUGGCUGCUAGCAUUCUUCUUCGUGGUCGUUCCCAUAUUGCUAGUUUUGCUGUUCUGCCAUUUAACAAAAGAUAGUUGGGUCCGUUCCCUGAUGCCACUGGUAGAUCACUGUAGAUGUUGGGGCAGGCCACCGAUGAGUGUAAGUGAAGAGCCUGUGCACACAGAAUACCCACCAAGCGUGCCACGUUCUUCAAGGCAUCUAUCAACUCAAAUGAACGUGCAUCCGUAUAAGUACCCAGUGCCAUCAUACACGGUUAAUCAGCAACAUAGCUCUGAACCUGACUAUUACACUUCUCCUCUUCCUUCUCCACAGCCCAUGGAGCAGCAGUGCAUUCCACAAAGGCCUCCACCCCCAGUGCUGAAGAAGGCACCUCAGGAACACUUCUACCCUUCUCGACCAGCACCAUUGCCACCUGUAUAACUUUAAGUUUUUUUCCACAUGCUGCCCUGUUUGCCAAGAUGGAGCUUUAUCUGUCUUGCAUCAAGUGGCCCUUGUAACUCUUCCUUUUCCCUUGGCACUGGAUAAGGAAAAAAAAAAAGUAAAACCAAGGAAUGUAAACUUAUCAAGCAAAUACCUCUACCAAAGCUGCAGAAACUGAAACGAGCAAUCCUGUGAAGACUGUCUGUACAAACUGUGGUGGGCUGGACCACUUGAAAGUGGAUCAGUCUGAAAAAUUUUGGGUGUAACUAUCUUUUCCCUUUUAUGAUAAAAUUUAUACACA